AAUGUCUAGUCCUCACUUACUCUCCAAAGUAAGAACAAAAAGCCUCCAUCAACAUGCAACGCAGUAGCUUUGCAUCAGGAUCCUUGUUUCUCACUGGUGGCAGAGAAAGAAUCCGGGGCAGCAGCAUACAGGCUGGAGGUGUCCAUGGUGGAGCAGGAGGCUCUGGGGUUCGCAUCUUCCACUCCUCUCAGCCCUUGUUGGUUGGUGCAUAUAGAGGAGGCCUUGGUGGAGGUUUCAGCUCUGGUUUAGGUCUUGGUUCAGGUCUUGGUGUAGGUUUUGGUUCAGGUAUUGGUGCAAGUUCUACUGCAGUUGGUGGUGGGAUUGGUGGUGCUUGGUUUGGAGGUGAUGCUGCGUACAAAGGUGGUUCUGGAUUCGGAGGAGCUGGUGGGGGAGCGGGUAUUUUAAUCCUCGACAAUGAGAAGUUCACCAUGAGGGUCCUCAAUGAACGGUUGGCCUCCUACCUGAAAAAGGUGCACUUGUUGGAAACGGCCAAUGCAGAGCUUGAGCUGAAGAUCAGUCACUUUGUGGACAGCAGGACACCUACUGAACGGGACUACUCUGACUCCUUGUCUACCAUCAAUGAGCUCCAUGAUAAUAUUCUUGAUGCCAUCCAGUUCAGAGGUGCAGUCCAUCACAUCCUUAGCAAUGUCACCUUGGCUGCAGAUGAUUUCAGGAUUAAGUAUGAGAAUGAGUUGGGCAUGCGUCAGACUUUUGAGGCCGAUAUCGCUGGGCUGAAGAGGCUGCUGGAUGAUAUCUACCUGAGCAUCAAAGAGCUCACACUGCAGAUUGACACACUGUAUGAGGAGAAGAUCUACCUCAAGAAGAUCUAUCAGGAGGAAAUGGUGGCAACACGCAGCCAGAUGAGCGGACAGAUUAACGUGGAGGUGGACGCUGCACCACAGCAGGAUCUCACCAGCGUCCUGCAAGACAUCCGUUAUUACUACGAGACUGUUGCUCUCAAGAACCGGAGAGAGCUCGAGGGCUGGUUCAAGGGCAAGUUGGAGACCCUGAAAAAAGACCCUGCUAUCAGCACAGAGACCACAGGGACCUCCCAAACAGAAAUGAAUACGGAGAAAAUCACCGUGCAAGGUCUGGAUCUCCAGCUCCAGUCGAUGCUGGCCGUGAAAGAAUCCUUGGAGGAAAAACUUUCAGAGACACAGAAUUUCUAUGCAGCGCAGCUGUCAGGAUACCAACUGCAGGUGACAAGUCUGGAGGAACAACUGCUGCAGCUUCGUGCUGAUCUUGAGCACCAAGGUCAUGAUUAUCAGAUGCUACUCGACAUCAAGACCAGACUGGAGCUGGAGAUCGCUGAGUACCGGAGACUGCUGGAUGUAGGGGCCAGCGGAAGUGCCUUAGUUAUGUCAGGCCAACUCCAUCAACGAACUCCGUUUCCUAAAACGCUCCAUGGCCUAGGGACACAGACAUGGCGGGCCCAUACUACACUUCCCAGAAUCCACUACCGCUGACACACUCACAAUCACCAGACUUCUGAAUGCACUCAUCUGUUCCCAGUCACUCAAACAUUCAAAGAGACUUUCACACCACGCAUGUUGCAAAGUAACGGUCAGUUUGUGUUUACAUCUGAACUUACUAAGCCUUCGUUUCUGUGAUCGUUAUUCUAGUAUCGAAUCUGAUUGUUUCCUUGUUUUCCCUCUGAAUGCUGUUUGCUGAUUGCCUGACUAUGGCUUGUUCUCUGACUCUGAAGUUGUCUAAUGAUUUGGAUUUGUCUGUCAGCCCCUUAAUAAAUAACUCUAACUGCAA